CAAAAGGGCGUCUACAGCACUCGGUGUUCCCAGGCGGUCACCCAUCCAAGUACUAACCGAGCCCGACGUUGCUUAACUUCAGUGAUCGGACGAGAACUGGUGUUUUCAACGUGGUAUGGCCGUAGACGUAAGACAGCAAUGUUUCAGGCGAGUCUUUGGCCAUAUAAUACGCUACGGUACACACAGAAAAAUUAA